GCAUGUACUAAUUCAUUCCCCACUUCCUCUGAAGUUCAGAAGCAACCUGCUAGCCCCUGGGGCCAAGAUGAAGGCUUCGGGCCUUGGCUGCACCUGUGGCAUCACGCUGGUCCUACUCUCGCUGCUGGCUGUCCUCCACGCGACCACUGCCCAAAAGAAUGACAUCAGCAUCUACAGCUUCACCGUGGACUCCAAGGUCUCGUCCAGAUUUGCCCACACAGUCGUCACCAGCAGGGUGGUCAACAGGGCCGAAACUGUGCAGGAGGCCACCUUCCAGGUGGAGCUGCCCAAGAGAGCCUUCAUCACCAACUUCUCCAUGAUCAUCGAAGGUGUGACCUACCCAGGGAACAUCAAGGAGAAGGCUGCGGCCCAGGAGCAGUACAGUGCAGCUGUGGCCAGGGGAGAGAGUGCUGGCCUCGUCAAGGCCACUGGAAGAAAGACGGAGCAGUUCCAGGUGUCGGUCAACGUGGCUCCAGCUGCCAAGGUCACCUUCGAGCUGGUGUAUGAAGAGCUGCUCAAGCGGCAAUUGGGAGUGUAUGAGCUGCUGCUCAAAGUCCAGCCCCAGCAGCUGGUCAAGCACCUGCAGAUGGACAUUCACAUCUUCGAGCCUCAGGGCAUCAGCUUUCUGGAGACCGAGAGCACCUUCAUGACCAGCGAACUGGCAAAUGCCCUCACCAUCUCGCAGAACAAGACCAAGGCUCACAUCCAAUUCAAGCCGCAAAAGACAGCGGGACAGCUGGACAAAGUCCUGGAUGGCAACUUCAUUGUCCGCUAUGACGUGAACCGGACCCUCUCUGGAGGCUCCAUUCAGAUCGAGAAUGGCUACUUUGUGCACUACUUUGCUCCCGAGGGCCUGCCCACGAUACCCAAGAAUGUGAUCUUUGUCAUUGACAAAAGCGGCUCCAUGAGUGGCAGGAAGAUCCAGCAGACCCGAGAAGCCUUAAUCAAGAUCCUGGAUGACCUCAAGCCCAACGACCAGUUCAAUCUCAUCAGCUUCAGUGGGGAUGUGACUCACUGGAAGCCACUGCUGGUGCCAGCCUCGCCUGAGAACGUGGACCAGGCCAAGAGAUAUGCUGCCAACAUUGAGGCCCAUGGAGGGACCAACAUCAACGAUGCAAUGCUGACGGCCGUGCGGCUGCUGCAGAGUGCCAACCAGAAGGAGCUACUGUCAGAUGGGAGUGUCUCCCUUAUUAUCCUGCUCACCGAUGGUGACCCCACCGUGGGGGAGACCAGCCCUGCAAGGAUCCAGAAGAACGUGCAGAAAGCUAUAGAUGGUCAGUACAGCCUUUUCUGCCUGGGCUUUGGCUUCGAUGUCAGCUAUGUCUUCCUGGAAAAGCUGGCACUGGACAAUGGUGGCCUGGCUCGGCGUAUCUAUGAGGACUCGGACUCUGCCCUGCAGCUCCAGGACUUCUACCAGGAAGUGGCCAACCCAUUGCUGACAGCGGUGACCUUUGAGUACCCAGACAAUGCUGUGGACAAGGUCUCACAGGACAAUUUCCGGCUCCUCUUCAAAGGCUCCGAGAUCGUCGUGGUCGGGAAGCUCCGGGACCAGAGCCCUGAUGUGCUCUCAGCCAAAGUCAGAGGGCAGCUGCACAUGCAGAACAUCACCUUCCAAACGGAGUCCAGUGUUGCAGAGCAGGAGAAGGAGUUCCAGAGCCCCAAGUACAUCUUCCACAGCUUCAUGGAGAGACUCUGGGCAUACCUGACCAUCCAGCAACUGCUAGAGCAAAUGGUUUCAGCGUCCGGUGCUGAGAAGCAGGCCCUUGAGACACGAGCUCUGAACUUGUCACUCAGCUACAGUUUUGUCACUCCCCUCACAUCCAUGGUGGUCACCAAACCUGAAGGUGAACAACGGUCUGAAGUUGCUGAGAAGCCUGUGGAAACAAGAAACAAACACAAGAACUUUUAUACCAGUCAUCAUUCUUUCUCUAGAUUUCCUGUGGGAGACACAAUGCACAGAAAAACAGGAGGCAUCUAUGCAGACUCUGUCCUCACUGAAAGAAGAGGCUAUAGAGGACAAGCUGGACCUUCCAGGAGGAUACCUAGUGACCCAUGGAGAGACUCCAGACUCCGAGGACCUCCUAAUGCUCCUCUUUAUCCACUCUACCAUACGCCUGGGGAACCAGACAUGAUGUUGGCCCCCUCCAUUCCCGGUGAAGUGCUUCAAGAACGAGCCAAGGUAACCUCAUCUCCAGCCCCCAUCCAGGCGCCUCCGGUCAUUCUGAUGCUGCCUGGACAGAGUGUGAACCGCCUCUGUGUGGACAUCAAGCACUCUCAGGGGCCAAUGAAGCUGCUCUCAGACCCUGACCAAGGGAUUGAGGUGACCGGCCAGUAUGAGACAGAGAAGGAACAGUUCUCAUGGAUCGAGGUGACCCUCAAGAACCUCCAGCUGCAGGUCCGCGCCUCCCCUGAGCACGUGGUAGUGACUCAGAACCGAAGAAACUCUGCCUACAAGUGGAAGGAAACGCUGUUCUCCAUGAUGCCUGGCCUCAAUAUGACCAUGGACAAGACGGGGCUCCUGCUGCUCAGCAGCGCAGACAAAGUGACCGUUGGUCUGCUACCCUGGGACGGCCCUGGAGAGGGGCUCCGGCUCCUUCUGCGGGACACCGACCGAUUCUCCAGCCACGUCAAUGGGACCCUUGGCCAGUUUUACCAGGAUGUGCUCUGGGGGCCCCCAACAGAGGCCGAUGACAGCAAGCGAACACUGAGGGUUCAGGGCCGUGACUACUCUGCCACCAGAUUGGUCAAGCUGGAUUACCAAGAAGGAUCCCCAGGAACAGAGAUUUCCUGCUGGUCUGUGGAGCUGUAGUUAUGUGGGAGGGGUUAAGCCCACCCCCCAUGCCACAUGACUAUGACCAGAGGGCCGCCCGUGGGGCCUGGGCUGGGACAGGGAGCAAUAUUUUAACUCAUUACAAAUAAAGAAAGGUGCUGUAAUCCCAGGCA